ACAAAAGGCCCACAACUCAGCAGUCACGUUAUCUUCGUUCCUUUUCUCUCUACUCCGAACACAGAACCAUGCCGCCCCAGUAAAUCCACCGCCCGUGGAGCCAGCCUGAUCUCGUCGCCGGACAUCGAAAAUGGAGCCCCUAUCCUACCACGAUGCCAUACACCCCGUUUCCCCCUUAGAUUAAGCUUACCUUGGUGGGGCUCCAGCCGGCGGCAGCGCGAGCAAGCGGCGGCGCAGGUGAGGAAGGGAAGAGACGAGGGUGUGCGGAGGCCUGCGGCUGUUGGGCGCAUGUGUGAUGUGUGCAGGUGGACGUAUCAGGGGAGGUCUGCUGUCUGCCCCUGCUCCGCGAUGGGAGUCUCCCCUGUUUGGGAUGGGACUCUGUCUCCGGACGGCUUCAAUGCCUCCGCGGCGGCGCUGAUUAAGAGGUGGAAGGAGAUUGAGGUUGACGAUUCUCUUCCUGACUGGACAUGGAAGCCCUGCUGCAAAUUGGGGGUGCCAUCUGAGGAAGAGGGGUAUCUGGCCCUGGAAGGAGUGUACCAUAGUUGUGAAGGGAGCCAGGAGCAGGUUGAGGAGAGCAACGACUUCGAUGGUGCAGACGUUGUUGCGGAUGAUACUUGGGUCCAGAGCUCUAGCGAUGCUGCACAUGUUUAUGAUUUCCAUGUUGUCUACAGCUACUCUUACAAGGUUCCAGUGCUAUACUUUCAGGCUCAUUUGGCUGGUGGGCAGCUGCUAACUCUAGAUGAGAUAAAACAAGACCUUCCUUCUAACUCAUUUAAAGUAUUAAGCGAUUCAAAGUGGACGUUUAUUACUCGAGAGGAGCAUCCCCACUUGAGCAGGCCAUGGUUCACCUUGCACCCCUGUGCAACCAGUGACUGGAUGAAGCUACUUCUUGAACAAACUAAAGAACAAUCGCUGCAAUAUUUACCAGCAUGGUUAUCCGUGGUUGGGCAGGCAGUAGGACUGAAAAUCCCUCCUGAGCUUCAUUGCAACUCAUAGGUUCACCCUUUUUCAUUUUCAGUAAAUAUGGUGAUUCAAAGGGAAAGUUCUCACCUCGUGUUUGGUGAUGCAUAGAUAUGAAUAUUUCUUGUGACACUCACCCUUUUGUAAUGUUGUGGUAAAUAUUCACUUCCAUGAACAUAUCCAGGUAUGAAGCUGAAAGCACAACAGGAACAUACUCGAAACAAAAUUUCUCUA